AAAAAAAGGAAAAAAAGGAGGGUAGAGCUUGAAUGACUUGAUUCGAAUUUUAUGCGGCACUUCUCGUUCGCGGCAUAGUCGAAUUGUUCUCUAAUGCAUCGAUGGAUUAAGUUUGCCGUGUAAGAAGUGCAAAGCAUUCUAAGAGGACGAUAGAAAAAGUAACAUGAUAAGAAAGUGGAAAGCUGAAGAAAUGAAGUGGAAGUGAGAGUAAAGGAGACCGAAGAAGAAUUUCUAUUCCGGGUCUUGUUGUUGCGUUAGAAGCCCUCAAGAUGCCACGCAGUUUCUCUCAUGUUCUGCUAUUACUGCUGACAUAUUCAGCGUCGAUUGAAGGCGGAGAACAGAUAGAAGGAAUUUUUUCAGAAAAAUUACAGAUACCAGGAUAUUACGUGGUUACGACAAUUCCAGAAGGAGCCACAUCGAUCAAUGUAACCGAAUUAACUCGAACAAAAAAUUUUUUGUCUAUAAGGUUACAGAAUGGCAGUUAUUUAUUUAAUGCAAAUAACAAUAUCGAUUGGUCCAACACUUAUAAGGGUGCUGGAACGAAUUUCGUUUAUAUUCGUCGUAGUGAACAUUAUCCCGAAACGUUUUAUGCUGCUGGUCCGCUGAAUUCGUCGGUAGACGUAAUGUUACUGUAUCAACAAUACGAGCCGAAAAUUUUUUUCCAGUAUGAACUUCCCGUUGAUUUAAAGGAAUCGGUGGUACCUACGGUAAAAAGUCUCGAUGCCGAUUCCUCAUCUCAGCCGACGCAGCUUAUGAGUACAAUUUCUGAUAAUUUGAUGUUAAGGGAUGAAAUAAGAUCGUCGACUUUCGUGCCAAGAAGAAGACGAAAGCGAAAGUUUGUUUGGAGGGCUGUAGGUUUCGGCAAAUGCAGUAAAACCUGUGGUGGUGGCUUCCAGACAAAAAGAUACAUUUGCACACGUCUGCGUAGCAAACAACAAGUGUCCAAUAGGAAAUGCGAGCUGUUGGAAAAGCCGAAAGUUGUAAUCGUUCGAUGUAACAGUGGUCCAUGCGAGCCCGAGUGGGAGGCUGGACAAUGGAGCAAGUGUUCGGUGACGUGCGGCAAUGGUACGAGAACACGCGAGCUCCAAUGUGUCCAAGAGAUGUCGGAUAAAUUACAAGUGCGAGUGGAAAAUGAUCGAUGCCCCGAUGAACCACCUAUGCCGAUUCAUCUGCAAGAAGUUUGUUACAUGCCCGAUUGCAAUAUUUACACGACUCCGGAACCCACCGACUCAACAUACACAAAACAAUAUGACGUAGCGCCACAAUGGAAAACGGAGAAAUGGUCACCGUGUUCGACAACUUGCGGUAAUGGUAAAAGGACGAGAUUAGUGAUUUGCGUCACCCUCGGGAGGACUUGUAAUGCAAAAUUCAAGCCAUCGAGCGAAGAAUUCUGCAAUUUAAGUGAUUGUAAGACUAAGCCUGCCAACGACAACGAGAUUCCCGAAGCACUUAUACAAAAUUCCUGGAUGUACAGUGCUUGGCCAGAACAGUGUCCGGCUGAGUGUGGAACUGGUACUAUGUCACGUAGGCUUUAUUGUGAAAAUUUUUUAAAAAAUCAAACUUGCGAUGAGAAGAAAAUGCCUAUUAUCAACAGAACAUGCGUUAGUAGUAGUCAGACAUGCGGUCAGUGGUUCACCGGUCCUUGGACACAGUGCUCGUCUUCUUGUGACAUUGGUUUUGAAAUAAGAGAAGUCGUAUGUGUUUCCAAAUUUUUGGGAUCUUCGAAAGUUGUUGCCGCUACAAAUUGUCCUUCGAUAAAGCCAGAAACGAUAAGAGAAUGUAUGGGUCCACCCUGCAAUGCAACAUGGUUUAUGUCCGAUUGGUCUCAGUGCUCGAGAAGUUGUGGAAGAGGAUUUCAAAAAAGGGAAGUUAAGUGCAUUGGACCAGAUGGUAUGCCAAUAAAUGCAAGCGAAUCGGAGUGUGACGAGGAAAAUAGACCAGUGAAUAGAAGGAAUUGUAAUCAGAUUUCUUGUAAUAGAUCGAAUAUCGAAAAAACAAAUUCACUUACAUUCACAAAGAACGGCAAUGAUAUUGAAAAUGAAUGUUUGGAUACAUUCUCGGAUUGCUCGAUAAUACGAUAUAAAGCUUCAGAAUCAAAACGUAGAUGUCAAAUGGAAAUUUAUCAAAAAGGUUGUUGUAAAGCCUGUCGCUACUAUGCUUUUUUAAGUUCUAACGGAUAGCAUAAACCGUAAAUGGGAAAAUAUUUUCAACCAAAUAGAAGUCGAGUAUGAUACAGAUUUAAAUUGGUAUCGAACAACUUAUAAUAAGAAAUUAUA